AUGAUUAAAUCAUUAAGAAUUGGAUUAUUAAAAUGUGAUUCGUUUAUACCAGAUAUUAAAAAUAAAUUUGGAGACAUUGAUAGUCAAUUUAAGAAUUUAUUAAAUAGUAAUACUAAAUCAAUGAAUAUUGAUUUAUCAGUAUUUGAAGUUGCAAAUGAUCAAUUCCCAAGUAAAGAAGAUUGUUUAGAUAAACAAAAAUUUCAAGGAUUUAUAAUUAGUGGUAGUAAAAGUUCAGUGAAUGAUGAUAAAGAUUGGAUAAAGAAAUUAAAAGAAUAUAUUCAAUUCUUUUCAGAGAAUAAUGUUAAAACCAUUGGUGUUUGUUUUGGACAUCAAGCGAUUGCAACAGCAUUAGGUGGAAAAGUAUCAUAUAAUCCAAAAGGUUGGACUGUUUCAGAUUAUAAAAUUAAUUAUAUCAAUGAUUCAAAUUUUCAUAAAGAAAAUCCAUUAGUUUUUAAUGAUAUAAUUAAACAAUCACCACCACAGCAACAACAACAACAAGAACAACAACCACCUCCAUAUUUAAAUAUAAUUUGUAUAAAUAAAGAAAUUGUAACAGAAAUACCAAAAGAUUUUAAAAUUUUUGCAAAAAAUGAAAGAUCUGAUAAUCAAGCAAUGUAUUUUAAAAAUCAAUUCUAUUCUUUUCAAGGUCAUCCAGAAUAUACACCAGAAUUAAUUAAAGCAACAAUCUUAUCAAGAAGAGGAAUUAUCCCUGAUGAAAUUAUUGAUGAUGGUAUUAACAGAGCAAAUAAUUCAAAUAUUGAUAGAUCAGCUUUUGCAAAUGGAAUGAUUGAUUUCUUUAUUGAAAAAUAA